AAAGAUUCUCGUGACAAGAGUGGAUCGAAACCCCGGAUAAGGAAGCAGGAAGUCCGUCCACAAGGAAGCGAAGCACGUAAACAAAGACGAAAAAAAAACAAAAUCCAACUACUGGACCACAAUGGCUGGCAUUAAAGCUCUGGUCGGAUUGUCUUUUAGUGGCGCCAUCGGGCUGACGUUUCUGCUGCUGGGUUGUGCACUGGAACAAUAUGGAGUUUACUGGCCGCUGUUUGUCCUGAUUUUUUACAUCCUGAGCCCGAUCCCAACCUUCAUAUCGCGGCGUCUCAGUGACGACAUGGACUCCUCAAGCAACGCCUGCCGAGAACUGGCCUAUUUCUUAACAACUGGGAUCGUUGUGUCAUCUUUUGGGCUCCCCAUCGUCCUCGCCCGCAAUACCACAAUCCAGUGGGGCGCCUGUGGUCUGGUGAUGACCGGGAACGCCGUCAUCUUCUUCACAAUCCUGGGCUUCUUCGUGGUGUUCGGCGGUGGCGACGAGUUCAGUUGGGAGCAGUGGUAGGCGGCGGGACGUGAGCAGAUACCACGGACGGAUGGACCUGGCUGGCCUGCAGACAAAAGUGUGAUCGUUUUCUCAAAACCGUUCGUAAGUCGUCAACGAGUGUCCGAUAGAAAGCACGUGCCUUAUGUCUCGGAGAGCGCAACUAUAACUAUAACUAUAACUAUAACCCACAUAUGCGCUAACCUCACCUCUACACGUAUUAUUUUGGUUUGGCUUUUCUCUCCGUCCACACGUCAUGUCUUUAAGUCCCGUGUUUACCACACUGCCGUCAGCCAUCUUUGUAACGAGUUAACUUCCCGUAACUAUUUCUAUUACAAGUGUAAUGUUGGGCAAAGUCAUCCCUACUACGUACGUGACGCCGGAUGCCCUCCUAGUCAUUGUUUAUGUCACUUUUUCUGCCUGAAAGUUUCCGUUUUCUGUCAUCCUCGUUGCUGUGUUGUACAUCCGAACCAAAGAUUGGCUAAUUCAGAGCCUGUUUGACACCAAAUUGUGCAUUAGGACUGCCAGCUGGGGGGGGUUUAAGGAAGCAUUUCACUGUGUGAACUGUUUAAAAAGUGCCUUUUAUAUUCCUAAGGACGUCAGCAAAUUCUUCUGAUUGACGUGAUUAUUAUUAUUCUUUUUUUUUCAUUUUGAGUUGUAGCUGUAUAGUGGGGAGAAGUCAUAAAUUAACCCCCUUAUGAUGUAUAAUUGUAAUUUAGCCUCCUACAGACAUGAAAAGUCCAUAUUUCUAUAGUACCGUAUUUCAUUGAAUUGCCGCCCUCAUGCUAAUUAACUUAAAACGCUUACCAAAGGCAUGCAGUAAAAAUUUUAGUGCGAUGUAAGGAUACCGUCAUGAAAAGCACAUUUAAUAAAAAAAAACAUUAUUAUGGUCUUCCAUCCAUCCAUUUUCUACCGCUUAUUCCCUGGCGCCUAUCUCAGCUACAAUCGGGCGGAAGGCGGGGUACACCCUGGACAAGUCGCCACCUCAUCGCUGGGCCAAUACAGAUAGACAGACAACAUUCACACACUAGGGCCAAUUAAGUGUUGCCAUUUCUACCGCUUAUUCCCUUUCAGGGUCGCGGGGAGCGCUGGUGCCUAUCUCAGCUACAAUCGGGCGGAAGGCGGGGUACACCCUGGACAAGUCGCCACCUCAUCGCAGGGCCAACACAGAUAGACAGACAACAUUCACACACUAGGGCCAAUUAAGUGUUGCCAUUUUCUACCGCUUAUUCCCUUUCGGGGUGGCGGGGGGCGCUGGCGCCUAUCUCAGCUACAAUCGGGCGGAAGGCGGGGUACACCCUGGACAAGUCGCCACCUCAUCGCUGGGCCAAUACAGAUAGACAGACAACAUUCACACACUAGGGCCAAUUAAGUGUUGCCAUUUCUACCGCUUAUUCCCUUUCAGGGUCGCGGGGAGCGCUGGUGCCUAUCUCAGCUACAAUCGGGCGGAAGGCGGGGUACACCCUGGACAAGUCGCCACCUCAUCGCAGGGCCAACACAGAUAGACAACAUUCACACACUAGGGCCAAUUAAGUGUUGCCAUUUUCUACCGCUUAUUCCCUUUCGGGGUGGCGGGGGGCGCUGGCGCCUAUCUCAGCUACAAUCGGGCGGAAGGCGGGGUACACCCUGGACAAGUCGCCACCUCAUCGCUGGGCCAACACAGAUAGACAGACAACAUUCACACUCACAUUCACACACUAGGGCCAAUUAAGUGUUGCCAUUUCUACCGCUUAUUCCCUUUCGGGGUCGCGGGGGGCGCUGGCGCCUAUCUCAGCUACAAUCGGGCGGAAGGCGGGGUACACCCUGGACAAGUCGCCACCUCAUCGCAGGGCCAAUACAGAUAGACAGACAACAUUCACACACUAGGGCCAAUUAAGUGUUGCCAUUUUCUACCGCUUAUUCCCUUUCGGGGUGGCGGGGGGCGCUGGCGCCUAUCUCAGCUACAAUCGGGCGGAAGGCGGGGUACACCCUGGACAAGUCGCCACCUCAUCGCAGGGCCAACACAGAUAGACAGACAACAUUCACACACUAGGGCCAAUUAAGUGUUGCCAUUUCUACCGCUUAUUCCCUUUCGGGGUGGCGGGGGGCGCUGGCGCAUAUCUCAGCUACAAUCGGGCGCAAGGCGGGGUACACCCUGGACAAGUCGCCACCUCAUCGCAGGGCCAAUACAGAUGGACAGACAACAUUCACACAAUUAAGUGUUGCCAUUUCUACCGCUUAUUCCCUUUCGGGGUCGCGGGGGGCGCUGGCGCCUAUCUCAGCUACAAUCGGGCGGAAGGCGGGGUACACCCUGGACAAGUCGCCACCUCAUCGCAGGGCCAACACAGAUGGACAGACAACAUUCACACUCACAUUCACACACUGGGGACCAUUUAGUGUUGCCAAUCAACCUAUCCCCAGGUGCAUGUCUUUGGAAGUGGGAGGAAGCCGGAGUACCCGGAAGGAACCCACGCAUUCACGGGGAGAACAUGCAAACUCCACACAGAAAGAUCCCGAGCCUGGAUUUGAACCCAGGACUGCAGGACCUUCGUUAUUGUGAGGCAGACGCACUAACCCCUCUUCCACCGUGAAGCCCACUAUUCUGGUCUUACCUUUACUUAUAAAUGAAGUCCAUGCCAGCUCCUUCUGAUCAAAAGCAUCGAUAACUUGUUGAUAGAAGUCUUCAGUUUUAAAAGUCUGUCUCGAUGGAGAUCUUCCUUUAUUACCUCCUGCUUUGAUUGAAAGUCCAGUUUAGAAAACUGCUAUCAGUUAGCUCGGCUCCUCACGUGCGGGCGACGACAGAAUUAUCCUCGGACAACUCCCCUUCCCGUUCUGCUCCGUGGGUGAUCUCUUUAUCCCACCACUGCCAGCAUGAAGUGUUAUUAUAUAAAUAAUACACUGAUUAUUUGGGACUCGAACAUGCUUUAUUUCAGCCCGGUUGUUUGCAUAGCCAGCAUAGGACUAGUGGUGUUGCAUCCUAAAAGGUCCGUCGUGCACCCCCUGCAUCAAAUCCGUUCCCAGCACAUAUCAGGUCAUUCGUUGUCACUUCUUCUGCAGCCGAGUAGUCGCAAGAAGGAUCACUAGCGCCCUCUACCACCAGGAGGCGGGAGUCAUUUAAUGACUCAUUUUUGACACACGCAGCUACGGUAUAUUAAUAAAACAUAGCUGCUUACUGUUCUUUUUAGCUGACCUUAAAUCCUACUGAAUGGCUCUUAAUCCAUGCGAUUUCAAAUCACCGGUAUUGAAAUCAGCCUCCUCCAUUUUGAAAGUGACGACAGGGGAAGUGUCACGAGUUUGACCCGGCGGUAAUACUAAGCAUGCGCUAAUUAUUUUGCGAGUAAUUCAAGGCAGGCGCAUACUAUAUGACCGGCGGCAAUUCAAGGAAAUACGGUAGUUAUAGUUUAGCAGAGGGGAACUGCACUUUUUUUUUUUCACGUUUAUCCUUUUUUUUAUGCAUUCUAACUCGUAAAUAAAUGCUAGCAAAAGUCAGCCAACAAUAAAGGUAAUGGAUUCGCUCUCUUUGGCCUGUAAAGAGCUCUAAAAAAAACAUCCAAAAACCUCCAUUAAUGUCUUAUACACACCUUGUAAGUAUACAUGUAAUGUAGUAACAUUUAGAAUAAAAUGAAAUAUUUACGUACUAAUAUCACAGACACAUCACAACGUUCGCUUUUCUCUUCAACAACACGACUAAUCAUGGCAGACUUCAUGAAAGACAACAAAGACUAUGUUGGGACAAAUAAUGAUCCGGAAACUUCUAUUUUUGAACCCGAAUAUAAGGAGAAUGAUCUACAAGUUUUAGAAUGACUAGAUCCAACCAGUACUAAGUAUUAAACAACAUAUAUAAACAACGAUGAAACGAUGAAAUGAAAAUAAUAUGCGUUAAUAAAACGCUUAAUCUUUUUCUUACUUAUUUGUUCUUUCCCUAUUAACAUUAAUAAAAUCAUGUACCGCAUGCAAUUUUAUAUAUUUUAAUAUUUAAUAAAAUCAAAAUAUUAUACUAUCAUGUAUACCAAAUAUUUUUUUUUAAUUAAAAUAAAGAUAUAUACCGUACUUAAAUAUCUACUUUACGUAUGAUUUCAAAACAAAUGAUCAAUCAAAUUGUCGAUUGUAAAAUUGACAAUAGAUUUAUUUUACCGUAAAAUCAACUUUGGUACUAUUUUUUCCCAUACACAGUAAGACACUAAAACAUUAAAAAAACACACACAAAAAACAAGAUUAUACAGUAAAAAAAAAAAAGGGCAGCUCUGUUUUAACGCUAAAAACAGUGCUAUUGUUUCUCCGUUACAUUCCUUUUAUUACAUUUUUUUAUACCCUGUAAAAAAAACACUAAUUUUACUGUAAAAUUCUAGUUUCUUAGCUGCCAGUUUGUAAAGUAAAACAUAUUUUUGGGGCAGCUUGUGUACAAAAAAAAUUGUUCAUGUAUUGUGUCUGUGUGUAUGUAUAUAUAUAUAUAUAUAUAUAUAUAUAUAUAUAUAUAUAUAUAUAUAUAUAUACAUACAUACAUGUGUGUGUGCAAAUAUAACAACGGACAUAAUAAAACAGUCACUUACUGUACAAUGUCUGCUCUCCUAGUGAGUCACUUACUGUACAAUGUCUGCUCUCCUUGGGAUAAAGACUAAUGGGAUGUUUAUAUCUUCCCCCUUAAAUGAACAAUUAAUCAUAAUCCUCACUAACAUUUAAAAAAUAAGGUGCGUCUUUUCCUGUCUUUCUCGCCAUCUCCGGGUCUAAACUGGAUGUCAAAGUUGACCAACUUGUGGGUUUACGUCCACAACUUUCUACUAUCCAGGCGAGAGGCAUGAUUUAUAAUCUAGAAUGAACUUUCACCAACCCAGAGGCGAUGCAGCAGCUCAAUAUGUCAAUAUUGCAGCACUCUCUGCCGCCGCUAAAAGUAGUUCCUCGACGAUAACAAUAUCGCUAAAACUUGUUAAUAUUCAGGUCGUGAUGGGGUAUUGAUGGUGCUUUUGUUAGGGGGACUUAUAAGCGUAAUAGAUUACUCUAAUUAGCUGCAUUGUUAGCCGCCUCGUACUUGCCAUACUUUACAAAUUAGAAUGCAUGAAAUGAGAAAACUAUGUGUUGUUGUUUUUUGUCUCACAUCGGGAUGGGCAAAAAAUAAAAUAAAAACGUGCAGGUCCCCUUUAACAUAGAGAGACAGAAUAUCAAUGAAAAAGUAUAUUAAAGUAUUUGAUCCCCCUGUGCAGGCUACAAGAAUUCUGACGUUAUGAAACAGCACAUGAAGUCUUGUCCCUUUUUAAAGCUUCGUAAAAUAUACGCCGCACUGUUGGCACAAUCAUUAGAAAUAGAAGAAUUCACCACAAUUCUGAGAAAGGUGAGUGACCAGCCCAGAUGGCCCAGGUGGAGCUUGUUAAUUAUCAUCGAGAAAACCCAGAAUAACGUACUUUGCCGCAAAGGAUUGUGAUAUCAAGCUAUCCUUUUUCAGCAUCAAGUACGGACUGGACUCAAACCCCACAUUCAUGUGUAAUAUUCAUUGUUUUGUUGACUCCGUUUAAGAUGAAUAGUACAAUUUGGACUGUUUGUGUCUUUGUGGGGAGGUAAAUGCAUCUCAGCAGGCACAAGACAUAGAAAAAAAAAACGUUGAGAACUUGUUGAAUUAGGUCCUGACAUUGAGCAACUCAAACCUAACGUUGAAACAACAUGCUCUUUGAGGACGUUUAAUUAAUGUUGGGUUCUGAUGUCGAUUUGACAAUUUGAAUGUGGUCAUUUCCCAGGUAAUAUUUUACAACACAAAUACGACGUUGAAACAACAUGAUUUUUGAGGACGUUUAAUCAAUGUUGGGUUCUGAUGUUGAUUUGACCAUUGAAAUUUGGUCAUUUCCCAACCAAUAUUCUACAACAUAAAUUCAAGGUUGAAAUAACAUCCUUUUUGACAACAUUACAUAGAUGUUGGAUUCAGACGUUGAUUUGACCAUUGACAUUUGGUCAUUUUUCAACCAAUAUUCUACAACGUUAAAACAACAUGCUUUUUCACGACGUUACGUCAAUGUUGGAUUCUGAUGUUGAUUUGGCCGUUGAAAUGUUGUUGUUUUUCAACCAAUAUUCUACAACACAAAUUCAAUGUUGAAACAACAUCCUUUUUGACAACAUUACAUAAAUGUUGGAUUCAGACGAUGAUUUGACUAUUUAAUUUUUGACAUUUUUCAACCAAUAUUCCACAACACAAAUACGACAUUGAAACAACAUGCUCUUUGAGGACGUUUAAUCAAUGUUGGGUUCUGAUGUCGAUUUGACAAUUUGAAUGUGGUCAUUUCCCAGGUAAUAUUUUACAACACAAAUACAACGUUGAAACAACAUGAUUUUUGAGGACGUUUAAUCAAUGUUGGAUUCUGAUGUUGAUUCGACCAUUGAAAUUUGGUCAUUUCCCAACCAAUAUUCUACAACAUAAAUUCAAGGUUGAAAUAACAUCCUUUUUGACAACAUUACAUAGAUGUUGGAUUCAGACGUUGAUUUGACCAUUGAAAUUUGGUCAUUUUUCAACCAAUAUUCUACAACGUUAAAACAACAUGCUUUUUCACGACGUUACGUCAAUGUUGGAUUCUGAUGUUGAUUUGGCCGUUGAAAUGUUGUUGUUUUUCAACCAAUAUUCUACAACACAAAUUCAAUGUUGAAACAACAUCCUUUUUGACAACAUUACAUAAAUGUUGGAUUCAGACGAUGAUUUGACUAUUUAAUUUUUGACAUUUUUCAACCAAUAUUCUACAACACAAAUUCAACGUUAAAACAACAUCCUUUUUGACAUGACAUAAAUGUUGUAUUCUGACAUUGAUUUGACCAUUGAAAAAUAGUCAUUUUCAGCCAAUAUUCUACAACACAAAUACAAUGUUGAAAAAACAUGAUUUUUGACAACAUUUAUUCAAUGUCAGGUUGUGACGUUGAUUUGACCAUUGAAUUUUUGUCAUUUCCCAACCAAUAUUCCACAACACAAAUACGACAUUGAAACAACAUGCUCUUUGAGGACGUUUAAUCAAUGUUGGGUUCUGACGUUGAAUCGACAAUUGAAAUUUGGUCAUUUCCCAACCAGUAUUCUACAACAUAAAUUCAACGUUGAAAUAACAUCCUUUUUGACAACAUUACAUGGAUGUUGGAUUCAGACGUUGAUUUGACCAUUGAAUUUUUGUCAUUUUUCAACCAAUAUUCUACACCACAAAUAUAGCGUUAAAACAACAUGCUUUUUGAGGACGUUACAUCAAUGUUGGGUUCUGACAUUGAUUUGACCAUUGAAAUUUUGUCAUUUUUCAACCAAUAUUCUACAACACAAAUACAACGUUGAAACAACAUGCUUUUUGACGACGUUACAUCAAUGUCGGACUCUGACGUUGAUCAUUGAAAUUUGGUCAUUUUCCUACCAAUAUUCUACAACACAAAUACAAUGAUUAAAACAACAUGCUUUUUGAGGACGUUACAUCAAUGUUGUGUUCUGACGUUAAUUUGACCAUUGAAAUUUUGUCAUUUUUCAACCAAUAUUCUACAACACAAAUACAACAUUGAAACAACAUCCUUUUUGACAACAUUACAUCAACGUCGGACUCUGACGUUGAUCAUUGAAAUUUGGUCAUUUUCCUACCAAUAUUCUACAACACAAAUACAACGUUGAAACAAAAUGCUUUUUGACUACUUUUAAUCAAUGUUGGUUUCUGAGGUUAAUUUGACCAUUGAAUUUUGGUCAUUUCCCAACCAAUAUUCCACAACACAAAUAUAACGUUAAAACAACAUGAUUUUUGAGGACGUUACAUCAAUGUCGGGUUCCAACGUUGAUUUGACCAUUGAAAUUUUGUCAUUUUCCAACCAAUAUUCUACAACACAAAUACAAUGAUUGAAACAACAUGCUUUUUGAGGACGUUACAUCAAUUGUUGGGGAUCUGACGUUGAUUUGAUCAUUGAAAUUUUGUCAUUUUUCAACCAAUAUUCUAAAACAGAAAUACAACGUUGAAACAACAUGCUUUUUCAGGACGUUACAUCAAUGUUGUGUUGUGAUGUUGAUUUGACCAUUGAAAUUUGGCAAUUUUCCACAACACAAAUACAACGUUGAAACAACAUGCUUUUUGACAACAUUACAUAAAUGUUGGAUUCAGACGUUGAUUUGACCAUUGAAAUUUUGUCAUUUUUCAACCAAUAUUCUACAUCACAAAUAUAACGUUAAAACAACAUGCUUUUUGAGGACGUUACAUCAAUGUUGGGUUCUGACGUUGAUUUGAUCAUUGAAAUUUUGUCAUUUUUCAACCAAUAUUCUACAUCACAAAUACAACGUUAAAACAACAUGCUUUUUCACGACGUUACGUCAAUGUUGGAUUCUGAUGUUGAUUUGACCAUUGAAAUUUUGGCAUUUUUCAACCAAUAUUCUACAACACAAAUACAACGUUGAAACAACAUGCUUUUUGACAACAUUACAUAAAUGUUGGAUUCAGACGUUGAUUUGACCAUUGAAAUUUUGUCAUUUUUCAACCAAUAUUCUACAUCACAAAUAUAACGUUAAAACAACAUGCUUUUUGAGGACGUUACAUCAAUGUUGGGUUCUGACGUUGAUUUGACCAUUGAAAUUUUGUCAUUUUCCUACCAAUAUUCUACAACACAAAUACAACGUUAAAACAACAUGCUUUUUCACGACGUUACGUCAAUGUUGGAUUCUGAUGUUGAUUUGACCAUUGAAAUUUUGUCAUUUUUCAACCAAUAUUCUACAACACAAAUACAACGUAGAAACAACUUGCUUUUUUACGACGUUACAUCAAUGUUGAGUUCUGACAUUGAUUUGACCAUUGAAAUUUAGUCAUUUUCCAACAAAUAUUCUACAACACAAGUUCAACGUUGAAACAACAUGCUUUUUUGACAACGUUUAUUCAAUGUCAGGUUGUGACGUUGAUUUGACCAUUGAAAGUUUGUCAUUUUUCAACCAAUCUUCUACAACACAAAUUCAACGUUAAAACAACAUGCUUUUUGACCACAUUACAUGUCGGACUCUGAUGUUAAUCAUUGAAAUUUGGUCAUUUCCCAACCAAUAUUCUACAACGCAAAUACAAUGAUUGAAACAACAUGCUUUUUGAGGACGUUACAUCAAUUGUUGGGGAUCUGACGUUGAUUUGAUCAUUGAAAUUUUGUCAUUUUUCAACCAAUAUUCUAAAACACAAAUACAACGUUGAAACAACAUGCUUUUUCACGACGUUACAUCAAUGUUUGGUUGUGAUGUUGAUUUGACCAUUGAAAUUUGGCAAUUUUCCACAACACAAAUACAACGUUAAAACAACAUGCUUUUUGACAACAUUACAUAAAUGGUGGAUUCCGACGCUGAUUUGACCAUUGAAAUUUUGUCAUUUUUCAACCAAUAUUCUACAACACAAAUAUAACGUUAAAACAACAUGAUUUUUCACGACGUUACAUCAAUGUUGGGUUCUGACGUUGAUUUGACCAUUGAAAUUUUGUCAUUUUCCAACCAAUAUCCUACAACACAAAUACAACAUUGAAACAACAUGCUUUUUGACAACAUUACAUGUCGGACUCUGAUGUUGAUCAUUGAAAUUUGGUCAUUUUCCUACCAAUACUCUUCAACACAAAUACAAUGAUUAAAACAACAUACUUUUUGAGGACGUUUAAUGAAUGUCAGGUUCUGAUGUUGAUUUGACCAUUGAAAUUUGGUCAUUUUCCAACCAAUAUUCUACAACACAAAUACAAUGUUGAGACAACGUGCUUUUUCACGACGUUACAUCAAUGUUGGACUCUGACGUUGAUCAUUGAAAUUUGGUCUUUUUCCUACCAAUAUUCUAAAACAAAUACAACGUUGAAACAACAUGCUUUUUGGGGACGUUUAAUCAAUGUUUGGUUGUGAUGUUGAUUUGACCAUUGAAUUUUUGUCAUUUUUCAACCAAUAUUCCACAACACAAAUAUAACGUUAAAACAUGAUUUUUGAGGACGUUACAUCAAUGUCGGGUUCUGACGUUGAUUUGACCAUUGAAAUUUUGGUCAUUUCCCAACCAGUAUUCUACAACACAAAUACAACGUUGAAACAACAUGCUUUUUGACAACAUUACAUAAGUGUUGGGUUCUGAUGUUGAUUUGACUCUUGAAAUUUUGUCAUUUUUCAACCAAUAUUCUACAUCUCAAACACAACGUUGAAACUACAUCAUUUUUGACAACAUUACAUCAAUGUCGGACUCUGACGUUGAUCAUUGAAAUGUAGUAAUUUUCCUAACAAUAUUCUACAACACAAAUACAACGUUGAAACAACAUGCUUUUUGAUGACGUUACAUCAAUGUCGAGUUCUGACGUUGAUUUAACAUUGAAUUUCGGUCAUUUCCCAACCAAUAUUCUACAACACAAAUACAACGUUGAAACAACAUGCUUUUUGACAACUUUUAAUCAAUGUUGGGUUCUGAUGUUUAUUUGACCAUUGAAUUUUGGUCAUUUUCCAACCAAUAUUCUACAACACAAAUACAAUGAUUAAAACAACAUGCUUUUUGAGGACGUUACAUCAAUGUUGGGUUCUGACGUUAAUUUGAUCAUUUAAAUUUUGUCAUUUUUCAACCAAUAUUCUACAACACAAAUACAACACGUGUUUUGACAAGGUUUAUUCCACGUCAGGUGGUGACGUUGAUUUAACAGUGAAAUGUGGUCAUUUCCCAAACAACGUGAAUCCAACAUUGGACAUCAACGUUGUCCCGAUUUGCAAACACAACUAAUCCCCAACGUUGUUUCAAAGCCGUAUUAAAGGACAUAUAUGUAAGUAUGACAAAACGUUAUAAUAUCAAUGUCUCGUGCCGGCUGGGAUGAAUGCUGAUGAAUCCAACAGCACGACUUCAUGUUCCCAAAAUCACCAAAUUCCACAUCAACGCUCAGUUUUCCGCUGUCUCGCAAAAAUCUUCCACCUGGCCCGAAGCCACGUGACUGACACUUUUUAGACACUAACAAGCAGAGACUCAAAAGUGACUUUUAGAAGCUCUCGAGUGCGUCUGGUUUUGUAACAAUCAUUAAAUCUGUUUGUAUUGUGAAA